AUGAGAAGAUUCAAACGUAUUAUACAGAAACAAUUUGGUGGUCUGGGCAAUUUCCUUGCAAUGAUUAUUCUAGUCUCAAUAACUGUGAUUUUUAUCAAUACAUAUGUUCUUUCAAAACGAAAUUUUUCUCUAGUAUCCGACAACCUAUUAGAUCGAAACUUCCGCAAGGGUGAACAAAUAUAUAAUCAAAACCAAACAAAAUUGUUCUUUUCACAAUCACUAGUACAGCGAUCGUUACUUCCAGAUCUCGGAUGUGAAAUCGAUGACAAAUGUUCAGAUGAUACUAUUCCGUAUAAAGCUAUCUCCGGAGAGGGAACAGAUAAAUAUCCGAUUAUAUGUUUUAACAAUAAGCUAUUGAUUCAUAAAACUUUGAAAGAUACAAAAAUUGGCCGUGGACUUAAUGUAGCAGUAGUUGAUAGUAAAACGUACGAUGUUAAGUUCAUAGAAAACUUCGAUACUUAUCUGGAAGAAACUUUCUUCUUGAGAUUUUUGAGGUUAAAAUUAAAUGAUGGUGACAUUGUUAUUAUCGCAAGUCAUGAUGAAAUGACUUAUGGAUUGAGAGACGCAUCAUUAGCAUUGCUAGAAAACUACGGUAGUCAAACCAUAAGAGCUGUUAAAUAUAGAGAUUCAUAUGUUAUGAUUGGUCAAAAAGGAUUAGCACGUGGACACGCUAUUGAAAUGCAUCAAUCAAAGGGUAGAAGCGAUUUUGGUUCAGCUGCACAAAUUAGUGGUUGUGGUAAAUUUCCUUUGGGACAAAUAACUCCACUGUCAUUUCCAAUAAUGGAAGUAAAUAAAGAAGGAAAAAUUGCUGUUGGUGCAACCAUUAAAAAUUGUGGUUUAACGGCAACCUGUAAAGAAAAUGAAUUUGCUGUGCAUGUCUAUACAGGAAAAGAUAAUAAGGAUGAACCAAAAAUAUGUGUUGAUGGAAAAUAUGUUAUUGCAAAAGGUAUAAAUGAUGCUGGUCGUGGUUUAAAUGUUGUUGUUGUUUCAAAUGGUAAAGAAGUUAUUCGAACAGGACAUUUCGAUACAUGGAAAGAAGACAGUACAAAUUUAGAAAUCUUUCUUGAAAAUCUUGAAGACAAUGUUAUUAUUAUUGUUGUUUCAUUUGACGAAGCAUCAUUAAAGCUUAGUCAGCACAGUAAAACUCUCUUUUUUGAUCUUGGAAGUGCAACUAUACAAAAUUUGAAAUAUCGUGACGUUUGGGUAUUUGUGGGACAAAAGGGUAUUAAAGGUUUUAGCCCUUAUGAAGAGAUUUCAUAUGCGGGAUUCGGAAGUACUUAUGCAUCUCUCAUUGACAAAAGAAUGUGUGUACCACAAACAUUGAAAGGUGUUCCCAUUCGACCUGAUCCUUUACCAUAUCGAAAUGAUAAACGUCGAGAGUUUUGUUCACAUUAUGAUGGUUAUGGUGAUUUUUGCAGUGAUACAAAUGUGGAUAAAAAUUUAGUACCGAUUCCAUUAAUAAAUAAAACAUUAGAAGAUAAUCCAAUAUACUCAACACCAAUUUUAGUUAUUGCUGGUAUAUCACACAAUUCUCUUCGAAUGUGCUUGGAAACUUUAUUGAUGCAACCAGGAAUUAAUAUUGAAAAUGUCAUUGUGACAGUUGAUGAGAAAUUUUCUGAACCACUUACACUGAUACAUUUAUUUGGUUUUCGUGGCGGAAAAACAUCGAAUAGUUCGACAUAUAUGGAACAUUAUGAAAAAUCAUUGAAAAAAAUUUGGGAAAUUUAUCCAAAUCAAGAUAAAGUGAUUGUUAUCGAAGAAGAUCUUAUUUUAUCACCGGAUUUUCUUUAUACACUUGCCUUAUUAAGUGAAACAUUUCGAAAAGAUGAAACAAUUGGUGCAAUAGAAAUGUGGAAUCCAAAUUCUUAUGAUAUUGUUAAUGGCUCAGAAGAAUUAAUUUAUCGUGUUGAUCAAUUUUAUGGUUUAGGUUAUUUAUUAAAGCGUUCAUUUUAUGAAAAAAAUAUGAAGAAUUCAUUCGACAUUUGUUGUUCUAAACGAGUUUGGGAGAAAUGGGCAUUUUCCGAUCCAUCAUCAUUUCUAAUGCCUGAUGUUUCAAGAGUAUUUCGACGACCUAUUGAUGGGAAUCGAGUUAAUAAAAAGUACAUCGAAACACUUUUUAAUCGAAAACGAAAAACAAGUUUAAACCCAUUUCCAUUCUUAUCAAAUAUCGAUAUACUUCGAAAAGAUAAAUAUGAUGCAAAUUUAGCGAAAUCAAUAAGUUCUGCAGUAUUAAUGAAAUCAUUGAAUAAAUGCGUGACAACCAAUAACAGUGUGCUUAACUUAAUUCAGAUUCAAAAUUCAAAUAACAAUACCGAUUCAUUUAAAUAUGUAUAUCCUCAAGAAUCACUAAAUGAUGUGCAAUAUCUUUUAUCAGUUUUAUCUUGUUUUGCACUUUUUCCAUAUGAACCAAUUGGUCUUUAUAAUGGUAUACUUCGUUUCAAUUCAAAUCAGUAUAAUUUCUAUCUUGUCGGAUCGAAAUCUUCUGUAUAUACAAAUGUUUCAAAGUCUACUUAA